UCCGCCCUUGUUCCUCAGUUGACCGAUUUAUUUCAAGAUCCCAAAGCGGUUUUUAGGUCCGGGUGGAGGGUCACAGCAGGCGCUCCUACACGUGUUAACACUCGGUAAACUCGACCUGAGAGGAUCAUAUUCACCCACAAAGUUAUCUGUAACUCCAAAUUAUUUCAACAGCACAGGCUUUAGGCGUAAGCUCGACUUCUCCAGUAACUUCAACCUUGGGAGGAAAUGAAUUUAUGGAUCCGAGAGUGCCGCUCAAACUGCAAGUUGUAGAGUCUUCACUACUUGCUUAUUAACUGUUCAAAUCAAUGGACUGGAGAUUUGAAACAUAACGUUUGAGUUGAACUUCUCCUUUAAGCUGAAAACAUGAAGUUGUAGGCCUAUAAAGCGUUGACUGUUCACCCAUGAAACAGAGCGAGUUUCAGCCUCUCAGCUUAGUUUGAAGUGCUUUAACCAGAGCAGUUAGGUGUAAACUUUAUACUCCAUGAGUAUAUCGAAAACACCAGUUUAAUAUGAGCGAGAAACAAGCGUUAGGAGACACUAAACUUCACGAGGAUCAAACUAGAGCGGACUUGGAGAACAAUGUCAAGCUGGAGGCGGGUGACGCGGCGCAGCGCGCCGACUAUCAGGGUGAGCAGGACGGUCACGAAGCGCCGCAACCUACCCGCCUGUACAAACGCCGGUGGAUGAUUGUCCUCCUGUUCAGCUCUUAUUCACUCUGCAACUCCUUCCAAUGGAUACAGUACGGGAUCAUCAACAACAUUUUCAUGAAGUUCUACAACGUGGACACCUUCACCAUAGACUGGAUGUCUAUGAUCUACAUGCUGACAUACAUUCCCUUCAUCUUCCCUGUAACCUGGCUGCUGGACAAGAAGGGGCUCCGGGUCAUCGCGCUGGUAGCCACUGCGCUUAACUGUGCCGGGACAUGGAUCAAAGUGGCCAGCGUCAAACCCAACCUGUUCGCCGUCACCUUUCUGGGGCAGUUCUCCUGCUCGUUGGCGCAGGUGUUCAUCCUCGGGAUGCCGUCGAGAAUCGCGUCGGUGUGGUUCGGUUCAGAGGAAGUGUCCACGGCCUGCUCCAUCGGAGUCUUCGGGAAUCAGCUGGGCAUCGCCAUUGGCUUCCUGGUGCCUCCCAUCCUGGUGCCUAAUGUGGACGACAUGGAUGAGCUGGCUCACCACAUCAGCGUCAUGUUCUACAUCACAGCAGGAGUGGCUACCUUACUCUUUAUCCUUGUUGUCUUUGUCUUCCAGGAGCGUCCUAAACUUCCUCCGACCCAGGCCCAGGCCACAGCUCGCAGCAUCCCACCAGAGCAGUACUCGUACACCGCCUCCAUCCGCAGGCUGCUCCGCAACAGGCCCUUCAUCCUCCUCAUCGUCACUUACGGUCUGAACGUAGGUUGUUUCUAUGCUGUUGGCACCCUGCUGAACCGCAUGAUCAUCGACCAUUACCCUAGAGAAGAGGUGAAUGCUGGGAGGAUCGGCCUUACCAUCGUCAUAGCGGGCAUGGUCGGCUCCCUGAUCUGUGGCAUCUGGUUGGACAAAACUAAAACUUACAAGCAGACUACCCUCGCGGUCUACUUCAUGUCUCUGGUGGGGAUGAUCGUCUAUGCUGCUACACUCAGUUUGGGACACCUCUGGGUGGUCUUCAUCACCGCCGGAGCUCUCGGGUUCUUCAUGACGGGCUACCUGCCGCUUGGCUUUGAGUUUGCAGUCGAGCUGACGUACCCGGAGUCAGAGGGAACCUCCUCCGGACUCCUCAACUGUUCAGCACAAGUGUUUGGCAUUAUAUUCACCAUCUGCCAGGGGAAGAUCAUCGAUAAAUUUGGCACGCUGGCAGGAAACAUCUUCCUCUGUGUCUUUCUUCUAAUUGGCACAAUAAUGACAGGCUUAAUCAAGUCUGAUCUGCGGAGACAAAAUGCGAACCUGUUGGCCAAAGCAGCAGCGGAGAGGCAGAUGUUGGGACAAGACUACGGAGCCACAGCGCUAAUCUCCGAGCCGCAGACUCCUCCUUCUCAAGCCUGAUCAAUAAACCUUUCUGCUUCCACAAAAAAAAAAAAAAAAAACUCAAAUCUUAGCUCAACACACAGAUGCACAAAGGGACCUUCUGACUGCCACGAUGUGAACCUGGCUGCAGCUUCUAUCGUCACAGAAGCCCAGCUUUAGACACACACACUAACAAAAAAAAAAGCCUAGAAAGUGACAAUGAUCUCCUUCCUGUUGCAGUGUAACUUACUGAGGUAGAACAACACAAUCAGGAAGUCUUUAGACCCACUUCCCUUCUAAGAAGAGUUAGAUGUAUAAUAUUGUGUUAUUUAUUUUUAAAAAUUGCUAAAAUGCUGAACUAAAUCUCAUAUUUAAUCAUUACAUAAACAGCUGACCAUGUAAAUACAUUAUCCACAUUUUUAUGUGAUUUUUGUAGAAAAUAUCUGAAAUAAAAAAAGACAUACAGCAGCAUAUUAAAGGCUUUCUAAUCCAUGGCAGUCCACAGUAAGGGAUACAAUAUUGAUGACACUUUGUGUAAUUUUUUUAACACCAUUCAAGUUUACUUAUUUAACAGAAAUAAAACUGUUUUAUAAAGUU